AUGGUUGCGGACACCGUUCCUUCCGAGCAUGCAUCGGCGGCAGUCUCGGCAUCCACCGAGUACUUCCAGGCUGCCGUCAACUGGGCCGCCGAGAACUUCAAAAAGGUGCCAGGGAGCGCCAUCAUCGCGCGCUACGUCGCCAGCAGCUACCAGAACGACCCCAUUCGAUCGCUCCUGGAGCUCUUCCUCGUCCUCUUUGCCCUCAGGACCGUGCUGCAGAGCAGGACACGCAGUGGUGCCAGCGGCAAGAACUUUGUCAAUCUCUCAGCAAGAGAGAUCGACGACCUCGUCGCCGAAUUCAAGCCCGAGCCGCUGUGUGCCCCGCUGACCCCCGCAGAAUCACGAGAGCUCGCUUCGAUCCCCACUAUCAUCGGAGGUGCUAGCAGCAAGCCCAAGAUCAGCCUCGCCUCUCACAAUGCUGGCAAGCCCACGCAGGUCAUGAACCUCUCCAUCUACAACUUCACCGAUCUCGCUGGUCACCAAGCUGUCAAGGACAAGGCCAUCGAGACACUUCGAAACUACGGCGUAGGAAGUUGCUCGCCGCCCGGUUUCUACGGUACUAUCGAUGUGCACAUGCAGCUCGAGAACGAUAUUGCACGCUUCCUCGGCACACAAAAGGCUAUAAUCUACAGCCAAGGUUUCAGCACCAUCUCGUCUGUCAUUCCUGCAUUUUCCAAACGUGGAGACAUCAUCGUCGCCGACCGCGGUGUCAACUACGCCAUCCAAAAGGGCAUUCAGAUCUCGCGCUCGACCGUCUACUGGUACGACCACAACGACAUCGAUUCUCUCGCAGCCACGCUGGAGCAGGUCAAGCGCGAUACCAAGCGCCGAAACGGUCCGCUCACCCGCCGCUUCAUUGUGACGGAAGGCAUCUUUGAGGCAGAUGGUGCCCUGAUUGACCUGCCUAAGAUCCAAGAGCUCAAGAAGCGCUACAAGUUCCGCCUGAUUCUCGACGAGAGCAUCAGUUUUGGUACCGUCGGUGCCACGGGUCGCGGCCUCACCGAGCUCUACAACCUCCCCGCGUCUGACGUCGAAAUCCUUGUCGGCUCCAUGGCCAACACGCUCGGUGCUGCCGGUGGCUUCUGCGCCGGCUCAGAUGAAGUUGUCUUCCACCAGCGCAUCAACGGUACCUCGUUCGUGUUUUCUGCCGCAUUACCUGCCAUGCUCGCUGUGGCUGCCAGCACCGCUCUGUCGUAUAUGAUCUCGCAGCCGUCCAUCCUGUCCAACCUGCACGACAAUGUCAAGGCCUUCCGCUCCGUCUUGGACCACGUCGAGUCGCUGCGCAUUUCGAGCGAUCCACGCAGCCCGCUGGUACACAUCCAGGUCCGAAGCAAGACCGAUCGCCAUCCCGAUACGCCCCUGGACAAAUUCGACAAGGGUAAGAACAGUCUUGCUGUGGGCGAUGUUAGCUUGACGUUGGCCUACAGCAACGACGGUAAGCGCAUUGCUGCUGCGGGUCCGCAGGAACACGAUUUGUCGGUGGAUGAGCAGAUGCGUUUGCUGCAGGCGAUUGUAGACGAUGCAUUGGAGCAUGGCAUCUUUAUCUCGAGGAUGAAGAGGCUGCCCAGCAUCAAUCCCAAGGUGCUCGAAGUGGCGCCGGAGUCAAGACCCAAUAUCCGGGUUGCUGUCAGCACGGCAUUCACCAAGAAGGAGAUGGAGAAGGCGGCGAACGUCAUCAAGGCCAGCGCGAUCAAGGUGUUGGGCAAGAGGCGCUGA